AAACUUAAAUCUCCCUCUUCAGUCUCACAACUUUCUGACCUACAUUCUCUCACACACAAGAUUAGAUUGCUGCGUAUCACCUUUGCUCUUUUUUGUUUUUGUGUCGGUGUGGUUUCAAGAAGGACAGUGUCCUAUAUUUGUGUUCCUUUACUUUGUUUGGUUAAAAUAAUCAAUCAUUCUUUUCUUUUCAGUGAAACCAGUACAUGUACAUUUCCAGGUUUACAGACGUUGCACAACUAACAAAAGGCAUGGAAAUACAUUUGGACAGUUUUUUAUUUAUCGUUCUAUCAUGUAUAGGUUUCUAGCAAAUGCAGUGUUGUGUAUGUGCAUUUGCAGUAAUGAAAAUGAAAUAAUUUAGAUUUUGACAGUGUGUAACUAUAAAUGUGUCUCAAUUACACUUCAUGUCUGCAAGCUUAAAGAGCAGGGAAGGACACCGUUAAUGUUGUGGUAAUAUAAUUCUUACAUUGAGUUUGAAGUCACAAAAAACAUCACAGCUAAUUAAUUUUUUCCGCUCUCAAGUUAUAAAUCACAGACCACUAUCAUACCACAUCACAAUCAAGCGACUGCUGCACUAGAGAUUGUCGUAGACAUAUGGAUUUUCACAUAUGAAGAGAGUAGCAGGAGCUUGUCCACGGCAGAUGUGACAUUUGCGCUCUCACAUGCAGCCCCUCUGGAAAAGCUUAGGAAAAUGUCCAGACUUCAGCCUGAAAGCAACUCAAGAAUUAACGGAAUGAAGAGAUAACUGAAAAGCUGCUAAUUUACAGAAUCUCUCUUGUUCUUGAGUCUUUACUGUAAGUUCUUCAGAUAUCUCUCACCAUGUGAAUCUUACUAAGGAGCAUUCGUUCCCACCACAGGGGGCAGUGAUCAUGUGAUCAUAGUUUCCUUGUUGGCCAAUCAAAACAGGUCUGAUCUCUUAAGAGAGGAGAAAGUGUCGGGAUGUUUUUCAUUCAACGCUGCAAUUUCAACAUGACGACAUCUCCAAAGUUCGUUUUCUAUCUGACGUGUUUGCUCUUCUGGAAAAUGGCUAAGAUGAAUAACAUCAUUCUGUCCACAACUGGUCAUCGAGACAGUGGAUUUAUAUCAGUUCAUGCUGGUGACCACUUCACUUUGCAGUGUCUUUAUGUUAGUAAUGCUACAAUGUAUUACUGGUACAAGCAAACACUGGGACAGAAGCCACAACUUAUCUCUACGUACUACAGGUUUUCUGAUGGAAGCACUUUUUAUAGUGAAUUUGAAGACAAUCCACGCUUCAAACAGGAAACUAUUGACAGUUUGACUCAGCUUAAGAUUUCACACGUACAACUUUCAGACUCAGCUACUUACUACUGUGCAAGAGGUAAUUCAUUUAUAUUAGAAUUCAUGGAGGGCGUCACUGUCAGUGUAAAGGGUUCAGGGUUGAACAUCCAGGCUCGGGUCCAUCAGUUGGCAUCUGAGACCGUCCAGCCAGGAGGCUCUGUGACCCUCAGCUGCACAGUUCAAAACGGGACCUGUGAUGGAGAACACAGCGUUUACUGGUUCAAGAACUCUGAAGAGCCUCACCCAGGACUCAUUUACACCCAUGGAGACAGGGAUGAUCAGUGUGAGAGGAAACCCAACACACAAACACACAGCUGCACCUACAACUUGUCCAUGAAGAGCCUAGACCUCUCUCAUGCUGGGACCUACUACUGUGCCGUCGCCUCAUGUGGACACGUGCUGUUUGGAAACGGGACCAAGCUGGACUUUGACAACAAGGUGGACUGUCACACGGUCUCUGUGUAUUUCAUCAGUGGAGCUUUGAUAUUCACCACCAUCCUGAGUGUCUUGCUGGCUUUCUUACUUCACAAGAGAAACUGUCGCAUAUGUUCAGAGUCUUGUGCAGUGAUAUCAGCUCCCCCCACAACAAAUACAGAGGUUUACCGAGAUGCAGAUGACCUCCAUUAUGCUGGAUUAAGUGUUAACCUGUCCAACAGAUCAAGACGACAGAGAGAUAAUGCAAUGGAUGAAUGUGUCUACUCCAGUGUUAGACAGUAGAACUGUUUAAUUUGUGUUGUCUUUGUUAGUCAUGUUGCAUUUCUCAGUGUUUCUUUAGAGGUGUAACAUACUGUAUGUGUUACAAAAAAAUAUACCAAUAAAUACAUUUAAUUAUGAAAAGUACAGAGUAAAGUCUUGGCUCGUCCCGCAGCUUGAGAAAACAGAUGCUUAUCCCCUCAAUCAUAGAUCCAAAUGAUUGUAAAAUGUUUAUUUUGCUCAUUAAAUCAUAUUUUGUGUUUCCCAAAAUCCACCACUUAUUAAUUGCCUUCCUGAACUCCACAGAGUUUUCAGUUUUCUUAUCAAUUAGAUGCAGAGUCAAACUAAUGUCUCUCUCUCUGCUGCAGCAGUGAAAGAUUUUCUGCAGAAGGUGAGAUUUCAUCUCUCUCAAAAGUUUAACUCAUAAGCCACACUGUACAAGAUCAUGAACCUUGGUACGGAAUCAGAAUGAAGACUGUAAGACAAUAACACCUACUGACCCAUUGGCUACAUCGCAAGUCAAGAGUCAGAGACACAAGGCUGACGUGCCAGGGGAAAAACAUGAGACUACAUUCGUCCCCCAGCUGCCAAUUCUCCUCAAUGCUAUUCCGUGGUAAAGACAAACAAACAAUAUUUGGUCACUUGCACACACAAGAAUCACCAAGUGAGGCAGACGUCAUUAAUAUUAGUUACAUGUCUUUGUGUUGACUGAUGCUAAAUGGUUGCAUCUGUUAUUGACUUUCUGCACAUGUAAGGUUUGUUCCUCUCCCUCUCUCUCUCUGUUAUUUUUUUUUGUUUUAUGUUGUUGUUGUUGUUGUGUGUGUUUUUUCAUUUCAUUUUCAGAG